GUUGACCUAAAACUUGCUUUUUCAAAAAAAUGAGUUCUUCGAUGGAAAUCCCAAAAGCUCUUGUUGCUAGAGUCGCCCGUGCUUUUUAUGAUCCUAAAUACAUUGUGAUUCUUGAUGAGCUGAACAACUCGACACCAAACAAUACGGGUGUUCGUGAAGAAGAUCUAGUAAUGUCGUUAAAAAUGACACCGCGCGAUAUCCAUAGAAUAUGCGGAAAGCUUAAAGAAGAUCGAUUAUUAAAAAUGUGCGUAAAACAAAAACACCACCGAGAAAUACCAAAGACUCCAACAGCCUCUAUCUACACCAUCAUUUAUCAUUUGUGCUUGCUUUUGCUUUUCGGAUUU